UCACUGCGUAGCUAUUCCCCAUGUGCAGUGCAGACUACUGCGUUAAGUCAUGGAUUUUGGAGAUGAUUUGUUUAGUGUUUUCGAGGAAAGCGGUCGUCAGUCAAAGGCGUCUGAAGAUGAAAAAGCAAAUCCGAAUAACAGUGGACCAAAAGAAGCUGACAAAGACCAAAAAAAGAAAGCACAAGAAUUACUGCAAAAGGGAAAGAGGACUUUAGAAAGACUGGAAAUAGAAACAGAAAACCCCGAUGGAGUCAAAAAAUCAAAAACAGAUCUUUUGGCUGAUAUUAACCAAUCAGAAACCAUGGCAGCUAGAAUACAGAUUCACAAGGUGGAUACAGUUGAAGCUUGCUUACAUGAGGUUGCAAUUCCACCAGAGGCAGUGUAUGUGCCUCUGAAGACCCCUACUGGGAAGCCAGCCAAGGAGUACCCCUUUAUCCUGGAUCCUUUUCAGAAAGAAGCUUUGUUGUGUUUGGAGAAUACAGAAUCUGUAUUGGUUUCUGCUCAUACGUCUGCAGGAAAAACUGUGGUUGCAGAAUAUGCCAUAGCCAUGUCUUUGUCAAAGAAACAGAGAGUAAUCUACACCACACCAAUUAAAGCUCUCAGCAAUCAGAAGUACAGGGAAUUGUUUGAAGAGUUUCAGGACGUUGGUUUGAUGACUGGGGAUGUCACUAUCAACCCCACUGCCAGCUGUCUUGUCAUGACCACAGAGAUUUUGCGAAGCAUGUUGUAUCGUGGUUCUGAAGUAAUGAGAGAGGUGGCGUGGGUUGUCUUUGAUGAAAUUCAUUAUAUGAGAGACAAAGAGCGAGGAGUGGUCUGGGAAGAAACCAUUAUCUUAUUACCUGACAACGUGCACUAUGUCUUCUUAUCUGCCACAAUCCCUAAUGCUAGGCAGUUUGCAGAGUGGAUUUGCUGGCUUCAUAAACAACCCUGUCAUGUAGUGUACACAGACUAUCGGCCCACACCACUACAGCAUUAUAUAUUUCCUGCAGGAGGAGAUGGCUUGCAUCUGGUGGUGGAUGAGACCGGUGUAUUUCGAGAAGAAAAUUUCAACAGUGCAAUGGCUGUACUGAGGGACUCAGGAGAUGCUGCUAAGGGAGAUCAGAAAGGGAGGCGUGGAGGGCAGAAGGGUGAAUCCAAUUGCUUCAAGAUAGUGAAGAUGAUUAUGGAGAGGAACUUUGCCCCGGUUAUAGUAUUCAGUUUCAGUAAAAAAGAUUGUGAAGGCUAUGCAUUACAGAUGUCCAAGCUGGAUUUUAACACAACUGAAGAGAAAAAGUUGGUAGAAGAGGUGUUCAACAAUGCCAUAGAUGCAUUAUCAGAUGAAGACAAAAAGCUGCCUCAGGUGGAGCACGUUCUUCCUCUUUUAAAAAAGGGGGUUGGUAUACAUCAUUCUGGGCUUCUUCCUCUUCUCAAGGAAACUAUUGAAAUUCUCUUCUCAGAAGGACUAAUCAAGGCUCUGUUUGCUACAGAGACAUUUGCCAUGGGUUUGAAUAUGCCUGCCAGAACUGUGCUUUUCACAAAUGCAAGAAAGUUUGAUGGCAAAGACUAUAGAUGGCUUACUUCUGGUGAAUAUAUCCAGAUGAGUGGUAGGGCAGGUAGACGAGGGUUAGAUGAGAGGGGAAUAGUUAUCCUCAUGAUGGAUGAAAAGAUGGCUCCUAGUGCAGCUAAAAAUGUGGUGAAGGGCCAGCCUGAUGCCUUGAACAGUGCGUUCCGUCUGACCUACAACAUGGUGCUCAACCUGCUGCGUGUGGAGGAGAUCAACCCAGAGUACAUGCUGGAGAGGUCCUUCUAUCAGUUUCAAAACUACUCUGCUAUACCAGAGAUGUAUGAAAAAUUAAAGAAAUUGGAGACACAGUACAAUAGCAUAACAAUGGAGAGGGAAGAUGAGGUGGCUGGGUACUACAGAAUUAGGCAGCAGCUUGCUAACUUGGAGAAGGAAUUACAGAAUUACAUCCACAAACCACAAUACCUUCUACCCUUUUUACAACCUGGGAGGAUGGUAAAGGUGAAAAAUGGGGAGGAUGACUUUGGCUGGGGCAUUGUUGUCAACUUUCAUAAAAAAGCAAAUCAGAGCAAGAACCCCACAGACAUGGAGCCCCUGUAUGUGGUGGAGGUGCUGGCCAAUCUUACCAAGGAGAGUGCCAAGUCUGGCAAUAGUGCUGCCAUCAAACCAUGUCCACCUGGAGAGAAGGGAGAAAUGCAGGUUAUUCCUGUGCUGAGCCAUUUAGUCACUGCAGUAAGCUCAGUUCGCCUGUACUUUCCAUCAGACCUCAGGCCAUUAGAUAACAGGCAAAGUGUAGGAAAGUCUAUUCAGGAGGUCAUGAAAAGAUUCCCUAAGGGCAUCCCAUUGCUCGAUCCCAUAGAAGACAUGCAGAUCAAGGACAAAGGUCUCAAAGAAGUUGUUAAAAAAAUUGAAGCAUUUGAGCACAGGAUGUAUUCCCAUUCAUUACAUGGCAAGCCAGAAUUGGACAAACUCUACACAGAAUAUGAAAGCAAAAUGAAGAUUGCUAGUGAGAUCAAGGUGGCUAAGGUAGAACUGAAAAAGAAGAAGUCACUUCUCCAGAUGGAUGAACUUAAAUGUAGAAAGAGGGUGCUGAGGAGGUUAGGGUAUGCCACUGCUGCUGAUGUUAUUGAAAUGAAAGGGAGGGUGGCUUGUGAAAUAAGCAGUGCUGAUGAGCUGCUCUUAACAGAACUGCUUUUCAAUGGCUCCUUUAAUGAGCUCACAGCAGCACAAGUAGCAUCUCUUCUUAGCUGUCUAGUUUUCCAAGAAAAUUCCUCAGAAAUGCCCAAGCUCACGGAUGAGCUCACUGGCCCUCUGAGACAAAUGCAGGAUGGAGCAAGGAGGAUAGCCAAAGUAAGCAAUGAGGCUAAACUGACUUUAGAUGAAGAAGAAUAUGUUGGCAGCAUAAAACCCCAAAUGAUGGAUGUGGUCCAUGCAUGGUGUAAUGGAAAUUCAUUUGCACAGAUUUGUAAAAUGACUGAUGUGUUUGAAGGCAGCAUUAUUAGAUGCAUGAGAAGAUUAGAAGAGCUUCUGCGUCAGAUGUGCCAAGCAGCUAAAGCUAUAGGGAACACCGAACUUGAGAAUAAAUUUGCUGAUGGUAUCAAGAGCAUCAAGAGAGACAUUGUGUUUGCUGCAAGUCUGUAUCUAUAGUGAACCGUUUUAAUUGAAGACACUUAAAAAUGCUUGGACAGAACUUAAUUUUAUAUGGAAUUGCUGCCUACUUUUCCCACAGACAAGUCAUUAACUUUCAAGAAUUAUUCAUCUUAAACAGAAUAAUGAAAUAAAAUUGAAACAUUUCUUUCAGGUGAGCCUUACAUGGCUUGGGCUUUGUUCUACUUAGUAUAAUAAAUUAUAUGCAUUUUAAAAAUAAUCUGUUAUACAUUCAUUGUGGAUCACAAUAUUAGAAUGUUUCAGUGUUUGAUAUGACGUACGUUAAUAUAUUUUGAUCAAUCAUAUUGGAUUAACAGAUGAAUCAAUCUUACAUAACCUUAGAAAUCAAUUCAUUACUUUUUCCCUCCAUUUUUCCUAUAUAUUAUAAAGUACAUAAGUUUGUAUAUAUUAUGUAAAUAAAAAGA